ACCCACAAAAUGCACUCGUGCGCAUGCUGCUGUAUGACAAACAACAUAACCAGAAUAAACAUCAACCAGCAGCAGCAGCAACAGCAGGAGAACAAGCAGGAAGAGGAACAGCAUCAAAAGCAAAAACAACGGCAGCAACAGCAGCAGCAGCAGCAGGAGCAACAGAAGCAGUAGCGGAAGCGUUGCGUCUGGAGCAAAGGCGCACAUUAGUAACGACGUCUACUGGCGGCGCAUGGUACGCCAGUAGUAGCAGGAGCAGCUACAACAACGAUCUCAACGGCGAGCCAACGGAGUCAGCGACGUGCUCAGCUGGCACGGUCGCGGUGACGAUAGCGCGGACGACGUCGUCGACGUCUUCGUCGCAGCGGCAGACGAUAGCAAGGCCAGGAGAAGAGGAAGAACAAGACGACGACAAAGAAGAAGAAGCAGCAGCAGCAGCAGCAGCAGCAACAGCCCCAACAGCGCAUAUAAUAACAAAGGAGUUGCAACAUUUAUUUACAACUCCCGCUAGUUUAUGCAAAAUUUUAUUAAAACAAUUUACUGAGCAAGUGUCGUCGUUGUUGACUGCCACCAAGAUUGCAAGUUUAUAAAAGAAGCCGAAAGAGAGAAGAUAAG